AUGUCUGAAUCAGGCCAUAUGCGCCUUCUUCUAGCUGCUAUUAAAACGAGCUCGACAUUCCAACUAUGUCCAUACCAUAUAAACAGAACUCGUUCUGGGGAGAGACAGCGCAAACAAGCUUUUCCAAAUUUCUCUGUUGAACGAUACAGCCAAGAACAGGAUCGACGAAUUGGUUCAAGAUAUCAAAGAUCAAACUCUCAACCAAGAAAAUCAACUUUCUUGGGACUCGCUGGUGGAGCUCCAACCAUGCUUGGUCUGCAGUCAUGGGUUUGUCACAAAGUGAAAGAAAAUAAUCCCUCAGUAAUAAGUACACGCUGCAUACUUCAUCGUGAAGCCUUAGCAUCCAGAACUUUGCCUGCUGAAAUGAGGGAUGUCCUGAACGUGGCUAUCAAAGCAGUCAACUUCAUCAAAGCUUGA